GAGUUUACACGCUGUUCGGAGAGGUGUUCGGGACCCGUCUAAUUAUCGAAACCAUUCAUUUACGUAACUUAAAGUAGGGUUAAUAUAAUAUUUGCAGAUUUAUUGACACGGUUAAAUAUAAGGACAUUUUCUUUGUUAUAUUCUCUCGCAAUUUGAUAAAACACGUUAAAAAUAAUGAAACGUUAGUUAUUUUACAGGCCUACUAACGUUAUGUCCAAAGAGCGGCCUUGCCAUGCGGCUGACGUUCAAUUGUCUCGAUUACAGACUAUUAUUCACGUUCAGAUCAUUGUAAAUGUGUUAUUAUUAUUAUUAUUAUUAUUAUCAUUAUCAACCGUACUUUAACUACUUCACUUUAUAAAAAAAACAUACUCUAGUUGAAAAGUGGUUUUCACUAUCGGACUUUAACAAAAAGCUCCGUAGGCGCACUAUUGACGCUGACUGCGACGUUUAGGCCUCUGAAGGAGCAAUGCGAGUAAAAGAGAAGUGAACGGGAAAGCCAAACAUGAGCUCAAUGCAAGCAGGAAGGAGAGGCCCCCGAAGAGAGGAGGAGUCGGAGUCGGACGCUAUGAACCCUAUGGAAACGUCAACAAAAGAUACCGGGUUUUUGUCAGCAACAUCCCAUAUGAUGUCAAAUGGCAAGCUCUCAAAGACCUGAUGAAAGAAAAAGUGGGUGAGGUAACGUACGUGGAACACUUAAUGGACGCAGAAGGCAAAUCGAGGGGUUGUGCGGUCGUUGAGUUUAGGACUGAAGAGCUAAUGAAGAAAGCGGUGGAGAAGGUCAACAAGCACAACCUCAAUGGACGACCCCUAAAAGUGAAAGAGGACCCUGAUGGUGCGAUUGCUCAGAGAGAGAUGAACAAGACUCAAGGUGGAGGUCAUCCAGGAGGCCAUGGCGGUAUGGGUGGAAUGGGCGGCGGAAUGGGUGGUGGUAUGGGCGGUGGUAUGGGCGGUGGAAUGGGCGGUGGAAUGGGCGGUGGAAUGGGCGGCGGAAUGGGGGGAAUGGGCGGAAUGGAUCGCAUGAACAUGGAACGAAUGGGACCUGGACCAAAUGGCUCCACAGUCAACAUUCCUCCGAGCCUGAUGAACAACCCCAACAUCCCCAACGAGAUCAUACAUGGUCUCCAGGCUGGCAGGAUUGGCAGCACUGUCUUUGUGGCUAAUCUUGAUUACAAAGUGGGCUGGAAGAAGCUGAAAGAGGUAUUCAGCAUGGCGGGCAUCGUGGCGAGGGCUGACAUUCUGGAGGACAAGGAUGGGAAAAGCAGAGGCAUGGGAACCGUAACAUUUGAUAUGCCCAUUGAAGCCGUCCAAGCUGUCUCUAUGUUUAAUGGACAGCUGUUAUUCAACAGAGUCAUGCACGUCAAACUGGAUGAGAAAUCUCUGCCCAAAGAUUUUGGACCACCUGAAAGAGCUGCCUCUGCUCUCCCCCGUGGCCUGAGUGGUAUUGGUUUGGGCCUGGGACCUGGUGGUCAGCCCAUUGAUGCUACCCAGCUCAAUAGAGGUGGUGGUGGAGGAGGAGGAGGUGGUGGUGGAGGAGGAAUGGGCAACAUGGGCCCUGGAGGAAUGGAUGGAAUGGGCUUUGGUAACAUGGGAGGUCGUAUGGGAGGAGGAGGAGGAGGAGGUGGUGGUGGAGGAGGAGGUGGUGGAGGAGGUGGCGGCGGCAGCAGCAGCGGAGGUGGAAUGGACAACUUUGCAGGAGGAAUGAACAACAUGGAGCGUUUUGGUUCUUCAGGAAUGGGCAGAAUGAACGAGAUGGACCGUGGGAUUGGUGGUGCUUUUGACAGGGAGUUUGGGCGAAAUGAAAUGGGAAUGUCUCGCAAUAAUUUUGGUGACUCCUUUGAAAGAGGAAUGGGAAACUCCGUGGGUAUGGAACGCAUGAGCUCUGGAAUGGACCGCCUGGGAGCCAACAUGGACCGCAUGGCAGGGAUGGAUCGGAUGGGCAUGGACAGGAUGGACCGCGGGUCUGACCUGGAAAGGCUGGGUUCUGGUUUCGACCGGAUAGGCUCGGGGAUGGACCGGCUGGGGCCCAGUAUGGACAGACUUGGACCCGGUCUGGACCGCAUAAGCUCCAGCAUGGACCGCCUCGGCCCAGCUGGGUUUGACCGCCUCGGUCCGGCUGGGUUGGAUCGCAUGGGAUCUAACCUGGACUACGGCUCCCCAAUGGGUAUGGAACGCAUGGGCAACACCGGGGUUGACAGAAUGGCCAGCGGAUUCGACCGCAUCGGCUCCACUGGAGGACUUGACCGCUUCCCCUCUGGUGGCAUCGACCGCAUGAGCUCUGGCAUGGACCGGAUGGGGUCUGGAGGUGUUGGUCAGUUUGAUCGCUCUGGUGAGUUGGAUCGUGGAUUUGUUGGGAAUUCCUUUGGAGGAGCCGGAGGGCCUGGAGCUGGAGGCUCCAAUGUCAGGAAGGGAUGCCAGAUCUUUGUCAGAAAUCUGCCAUUUGACUUCAACUGGAAGAUGCUGAAGGAUACCUUCAACACAUGCGGCAUGGUGCAGUAUGCUGAUAUCAAGAUGGAGAACGGCAAGUCCAAGGGCUGUGGUGUGGUCCGCUUCGACACCCCUGAAACUGCUGAGCGUGUCUGCCGGACCAUGAAUGGCUAUCGGCUGAACGGAAGAGAAAUUGAUGUUAGAAUUGAUAGACACGCAUAAAUUGUCUGUUACAUCUGACAUUUAAUUUAGUCCAUAAAAGUCUGAGUGAUCUGUAUCAUCUAAAUUGCCCAUAGGACAUUCAUAUUAUAUUCACUUGGUUUGUUAGAUAUUUGUAACUGUGAACAUUUUAUUUUAGUUGGUAAUCUGUCACAGUGAAUGUGUUUUUUAGUUUUUGAUUCAGUUUUACUUGUUUUUGUUUUAGAGACCAAAGUUAUGCGUCACCUGUCAUGGCCUUUGUUCUGUAAGGUGUUUUGAUAAAUAAACCUCAGUAUUUG